GAAGAAGAAGAAGAAAAAUUAUCAACAACAGUGGAAAGAGAUGAAAAAAAUGAAGCUAGUUUUUUUUACAAAGUAAAAGAAGAAGAAGAAGAAGAAGAAGAAAAAUUAUCAACAACUGCGGAAAGAGAUGAAAAAAAUGAAGCUAGUGUUUUUUACAAGAUAAGAGAAGAAGAAGAAAGAAAGGAAGAAAAAAUAGAAGAAGAAAAAUUAUCAACAACUGCGGAAAGAGAUGAAAAAAAUGAAGCUAGUUUUUUUUACAAAAUAAGAGAAGAAGAAGAAGAAGAAAGAAAAGAGAAAAAAAUAGAAGAAAAAAAUGAAGAAGAAAAAGAAGAAAUUAAAAAUAAGAUAGUUGAAAAGUUUACAAUGGUGAAGAAGAAAAAACUCCGAAUACUUGCAGUGUUUCAUCAUCCAGGAAAAAGUCAUUUUCAAGUGUUUAAACCACUAUUAGAAAAACUUGCAUUAAGAGGUCAUGAAUUAACGGUCGUGUCACAUUUCCCCAAGAACAUGAAUAAUACAAAUAUUCCUUUCGAAAAUUACAAGGAUAUUGAUCUUUUAGGUCCCACAUGGACAGAAGUGAUUGACCUCUCAGAAAUUGAUUAUUCCAUCUUCAGAGCAGUGAAUGACGCCAUUGUGCUUCGUCAUUGGGCACUGCGUCAUUGUCAGAAAGCUCUAAAUGUUCCCGGUGUGCAACAGUUAAUUCAAUCUGAUUCAAAAUUCGACUUAAUUAUUACAGAAUUGUUUAAUAGUGAUUGCUUUCUAGGAUUUGUGCACAAGUUUCAAGCUCCAUUCGUAGCAUUAACAUCACAUGAAAUUGUGCCCUGGGCCAAUGAACGCUUUGGAAAUCCCGAUAAUCCCAGUUAUAUUCCAAAUACAUUGAUGACUUAUAAAUCAAAAAUGACAUUUAUCGAAAGAACUGUGAAUACAUUCUUUUUGUGGUUUUUAAAAAAUUAUUAUCAUCUAUUUUGGCAGAAUGAUAUUGAUAAAAUUGUUAAGGAAACUUUUGGUCAUGAUACACCACAUCUUUUGGAAAUUGCCAAAAAAACAUCGGCAAUGUUAAUUAAUUCACAUUAUUCACUUUUUGGUGCUAGACCGUAUAAUCCAAAUAUUAUUGAAAUUGGGGGAAUACAUAUUCGGAAGGUGAAAGCACUGCCGGGGGAUUUAAAGAAAUUUUUGGAUAAUGCUUCGGAGGGCGUUAUUGUAUUUAGUUGGGGGUCGAUGAUUAAGAGCUCAACUCUUCCGGAAAAAAAGUUGAAAGCUCUGUUCAAGGUUUUCAGUGAAAUUCCAAGGAAGGUUGUUUGGAAGUGGGAAGGAAACGAGCAUCCAGAGUUGCCCAAGAAUGUAAUGAUUAAGAAAUGGAUUCCUCAGUUUGAUUUAUUGAGUGAGUAAUAAAAGGUCUUUAAUUAUAAUCAGUGUGUUGAUAUGAAAAUUUAUUUUCUCAAAAAG